AUGUUCGUGGUAGUGAACCAUACUCUCACCGAGGAACACCCCCAAGACGGUCAAAUCCCGGACUCCGAGGAAGAUGAGCAGGAAAAUCUAAAGCGCGGACAGCGCCGUCUUUCACCCUCCCUCUCACCAUUUGGGGUUGAGGAGUGGGAGGAGGACCAAGGAAGAUAUCGUCGAUCGCUGUCGCCUUCACCCGACCAGGUAAGAGCUUUGAUCGCGAGGUUUGCACUCGACUACGGCCCACAGGGCAGUGGAACCUCACGGUGCGCUCGCAAACGCAAGAGAUCGGUUUCAUCGGCUUCCUCUCUAGUCGUCGGACCGCCUAGUCCAGCCAGCUACGGCACAUUAGACAAUACGAAGUCUCGCAAGCGCAAAAGGUCGGUUACAUGGACUUCCUCUCAACUCGACAACCCCGCCAAUCAAACCAAAGAGUCCACUUUCAAAGGUCUCAUCAUUCACAAGAGCCGCCCUCAAGCAAUGGACUUCGCCUUGGAAGCCGACAGACCGCCGUUCAGAACGAAGAACACCUUCCGCCACAUCUUUUGGACAGAUGGAUCUAUCAUCCGCCAGAACGCAGCAGGGUCAGUGGUGUGGCGCAGUCCGCCUGGUUUCAAGAGCUGGGACCACCGCAGCUUCUGGGUCCCCUUUGAGACACCUUGUACGGAUCUGGUGGAGAUGUUUGCUAUUUCCAACGCGUUAUUGCUGGCGACCUAUCAAGUCCAGGAAUCCCAAUCAGAGGUCAACUCCAAGAAUUCACAGAUCGAGGGCGGGGGCCAAAUUCAGCAGCCCCAGCUCCUCCACCAAGUCUUUGUUUUUACUGAUUCUGUUGGGGCCCUCACGAGAAUUGAGAAUGAGGCCCAGGGGAGACACUCACCCGCUUACUGUGAUGAGGCACACGCAAUCAUCAACUACAGCUCUCAGCUCCAAAGUCUGGGCGCCACGCUAGAGUUACAUCUAGUUCCUGGACAUUCAAGUGUUCCGGGCAAUGAAAGGGCUCACCGGGUUGCAAAAAAGGCGGCUCAAAGCCUCACAGAAAGCCGCGGAUUUUCAGGGCCAGCAGAACGUCGUCAUGGUCCCAAGCCUACAGAUGAUCAGGUGUUGAGACCAAUUAAAUUGGCUGAUAGCCAGGCCAUAAGUGGAAAGAAUUCGACACCAGCGAUUCCUCACUAUGACCUCCAAAGCAUCCAAGAUCCAGCCUUGGGCUCAGAUGACUCAACAGAGUCAAUUAUCUCUUGGACACCCCAGUGGUCGGCAGACCAGAAGAUACGGAAUCGGCUCAGCUAA